UUGGUCGCGGCUCUCCCGUCUCAGCAACAUUUCCAUUCAUACACCGGGCGCUCCUUUUCAGCCCCCUUUUUUUUUUUCCAAAAUAACUCACUGUCAUCAUCUUCGGGAAACGGCUGCGCCUGGACGCGGACUAAUUAUUUAAAAUAGACGGAGGGAGUGAUUAAGCGUCGAGAGGAAAACCAACAACAAAAAAGAAAAAGAGAAGGAUCAAGGACGAGCGACAGGGAAAAACGACAGGGCCCAUUGGACACUGAGCACCCUUGGGCCUGUCUGCCAAGUAGACAUGUUUCAAACUGUCCCUGACACGUCGUCUUACGUCAAGGUAAGACACCACCGCCUCUUCGCUCAGGAGGCGCUAUCAGUGGUGAGUGAAGACCAGUCCUUAUUUGAGCCUCCUUACGCUACUGCUGCCCCUCUCCCCAAGACAGACAUGACUGCAUCUGGCGCACAGGACUACGGCCAGACCCACAAAAUCAACCCCUUACCCCCACAGCAGGAGUGGAUCAACCAGCCAGUGCGGGUCAACGUCAAGAGAGAGUAUGAGCACAUGAAUGGAUCCAGGGAGUCUCCAGUGGACUGCAGUGUGGGUAAAUGUAAUAAGCUGGUGGGGGGUAACGACACAUCUCAGAUGAGCUAUGGAAACUACAUGGAUGAGAAGAAUGCCCCUCCCCCCAACAUGACCACCAAUGAGAGGAGAGUCAUCGUACCUGCAGACCCGUCGUUGUGGUCCCAGGACCAUGUGCGCCAGUGGCUCGAGUGGGCCAUCAAGGAGUACGGCCUAUUAGAGAUCGACACGUCCAUGUUUCAGAACACAGACGGCAAAGAGCUCUGCAAGAUGGGCAAGGACGACUUCCUCCGGCUCACCAGCAUGUACAACGCUGAAGUGCUUCUCUCUCAUCUCAAUUACCUCAGGGAAAGUAGCUCAUCAUUAUCCUACAACACACCAUCUCACACAGAUCCAUCCCCACGCCUGGCUGCCAAAGAGGACCCUUCAUAUGAUGCUGUACGGCGGACAGGAUGGUCAAACAACAUGCACAGUGGCAAAGGCUCACCGGUGGUGACUCAGAAUGUGACCAAAUCCACUGAGCAGCCCAGAGCUCAGCCAGAUCCUUACCAGAUUCUGGGUCCCACCAGUAGUCGCCUUGCCAACCCAGGUUCAGGUCAGAUCCAACUGUGGCAGUUCCUCCUGGAGCUCCUGUCUGACAGCGCCAACGCCGGCUGCAUCACCUGGGAGGGCACCAAUGGCGAGUUCAAGAUGACAGACCCGGACGAGGUGGCGCGGCGCUGGGGCGAGCGGAAGAGCAAGCCCAACAUGAACUACGACAAGCUGAGCCGCGCGCUGCGCUACUACUAUGAUAAAAACAUCAUGACCAAGGUGCACGGCAAGCGCUACGCCUACAAGUUCGACUUCCAUGGCAUCGCCCAGGCGCUGCAGCCGCACCCCACCGAGUCCUCCAUGUAUAAGUACCCCUCGGACCUAGCCUAUGUGCCUUCCUACCACGCCCACCAGCAGAAGGUCAACUUUGUAUCCCCACACCCUCCAUCCAUGCCCGUCACCUCCUCCAAUUUCUUUGGACCCACCGCUCCGUACUGGAGCUCGCCCACUGCAGGCAUCUACCCCAACCCAAACGUUCCCCGCCACCCUAACACCCAUGUGCCAUCCCACCUUGGUAGUUACUAUUAGACAACCCUACUCCGACUAUUCACCACCCUAUAAAACCCACAACUAAGUCCACAAUUGUUGACCUGCACUCCCAAUGAUGCCAAAUCGAUGAAGACUGAGUUUAUAGAGGAAGCGGAAUUUUACUCCUGAAUGAAGGAUGAUCAAUUCGAAGGAGAUUUUUUUUGUUUGUUUGUUUGUUUGUUUAUUUGUAAGAAUCUAUAAAUAACUGGAUGCUAUGGUCCAAAAUGGAAUACUACUUACCUUUUACAAGACUAGCGACUGUUUGAUAAUGUUUUUUGGACGUGCGUCUGAGUUUUCCUGUGCCUUUCACUUUCCCAUCCUCCCAAAAAGCUGCACCUAUGGGUGUCCUUUUUCAGAACCUUGCCAAACCAAAGCCUGAGGACAGGGAGAACAAAGUGCGUCUGUCUGCCUCAUCGCCACGCUAAAGUGCCAGACAUGGGCCUAUUAUUCAUGGGUCUCAAUCUACAUCCUCCACAGUACAUUAUGUACAUUAUGCUUUAAAGCAUCUGCGUCGGGGUCUCUUAUUCCCACCACAUCUAGCCUUCUGUUUCCACUGUCUGCUUGUCUGUCCAUCUGCAACUCUUUUAUGUGUGUGGAGAGUCUCCUGGAAUUCGCUGGACAAGGAGGAGCUCUCAAAGAGAUGGACUUUUCUCAGCACUGAAUGCAAUUUGGCAACUGGAAUAUGCCAUCCACGAUUUUUAAUUUAUCCUCCAAACUGGAAGGCUAGAGAAGAGUUAAAUGCUGGAGAAGGAAGCGCUGUAUGUUUUGCUGACCUGGGUCAACUCGGUUACUGAAAAUGCUUUCUGUGUGUGGAGUUCAAGAUGGCCGAUGUGUAGAGUCGACUCGACUGUGCCGGGGAAGCUGAGUCAACAUGUAAUUGAAGUAAUUUGCAACAAUAAUUCAACCCAGGUCAGAUGUUUUCAGGGGGGGCCCACACACCAGGCUAUUAAAUGUUUGCCAUGUUGUUGCCUUUCAGCCAUGCCAUUUCCAGAUGUUUUGUUGCUCGACCAUGUCAGUAUUAAUGUGAAUGUCUUCUGGUUUGUGAAACGCGUGUAAAAAAAAAAAAAAGGGGGGGGGGGCGGGAUACCCUGCAGCGAAAAUUUCAAAUUUGUCAGAUGUUUUUCAUUUUGUUUGACGAAGAAAAAAAAAAUAUCAUUCCUUGAUUUGUAACACCAUGUUUGCUGCACAUAUCCGAAUCUAAAACACAAAAGUGCCUUUGUUUUUGGCAGAGUAAGACCUCUAUCCCUUACAGUGCCACGAGUGCAUCCAGUUUUAGUGUAUGGCACAACGAGAAACCUAACCCUCACCGUGCCUGAACUGCUGUUUUAUACCAUAUAUUUUCUGUUCAUUAUAGACGAAACAGCAUUACAUCUUAAGAUGCAUAGCGAGAUACUUAAUCCGUGUUUCACUCAGAAAUCUGACAGCUUUUGAUUUUGAAGUGACGUUAACAGCUGCCACACUGUCUCCUUCCUCUUUGUAGGCCAGUCAGGACCGUAUAGGUCAGCACAGAGAAGUGGCUCGGCGAGUAAGUCACGUUAUAGACAGUUAAGUUGCAUUUUUUGUUUUUACCAGGGCUGGAUCCUAGUUUGAGAGCAGCAUGUGUGUUUGAAUCUUAGUAUCUCACUGAUCUCAAGCCCAGCGAAAAUGCACAUGAAUCUCAAGUUGGAUUUCAUCUUCGUGUAGUUAAUGUCAUGUCAAAACAUAUCCAUCUUCAGGUGUUCAAAGCUGUUAAUAGCAAACGUAUUCCUUUCUUUUAGAAAAUAAAUUACUUGGGACUGAGUAGUUUAUCAGAGAACAAAACCAAUAAAGUAUGACGAGAUGAAACAAAGAAAUCCUCAGAUUCGCAAGCGCUGUGCGUUUGUCAGACCUAUUUUUUAUUAUUUUAUAAGCAUCAGACAACUAGGCAUUAAAGCAACUUACUGUAUAAAUUAUGCAGAGUUAUUUUCAUAUGUGACAGUAUAAAAAGUCAAGAGAAUUAAUACGAGUUGACCUCGGUCAAAAAUGCAAACCUUUAAAGUCCAUUUCUGCUAAGUAGUUUGUUCAGCAUUUUAAGCGUUUUUGUUUUUUUUUUGUUUUUUGUUUUUAUAUCUGUACAUUUGGGCAAUACAUUUUAACAUUUUUUGGUUUUCUUGUAAGUGUUAUUAUUUCUGAGAUUCAGUUGUAACUUCCUAAGUGCCCUUAUGCACUCAAGGUGUUUCCUUGUAUUCCCCAAACCACAAAUGCCUGCUUGAAUCGUAAUCCAGUCGCCAGGGAUUCCUUUACUCUGUGUGCAACAUGUGAUUAUGAUGCAUUGUACCAAACGGCCCUGGAGUUGGUGGCUUUUCCCUUUGCAUUAAAGAAUUUCAGGUAUUUUAUGCAAAAUCAUACAAACAGUAUUCAUAUCCACAACCAGCUUCUCCUGAAAAAUUAUAGCUUUAAAGACCAAAUAAAAAAAAAAGGGAACAUGUAAUUUGUAGCAUAAAGAAACUAUUCUAAUGUACCCUUUACUUCCAUGUUUCACAUGCAUUAUCAAAGAAAAGGGAUCUGUGCUACUUCGUAUAUGCAAUGUAUUUUGGAUAUUAAAUAUAUAUAUAUAUAUAUGUAUGAUUUUACAAUUAACCAAUGUAUUAUUAUUAUUGUCAUUCCUGCAAUGUAUGAAGUAAUACCUUUUGAAAAAGGGCUUUUGUAUAGGAAAAUGUGACAAAAUAAAUGUUUUUACCUCUCUUC